AUGGAGAGGGCAUCGGAAGAAAUCCAGAUGCUGCGGGUCCUGAAAGUUUCGGGCGACGAAGCCUUUGCAAUACCAGCUGAGGAGUUCAAUGUUAAGUUCAACGAGUUGGAACGCCCUGUCCGCGCAUUCAAGCGACAUUUGCAGAGCGUGUGUGGGGAGCCACGAUUUAAGCAGCGGCUGCUACUGGAAGAUGGGACUGUCUUAUGCGACGAUUCGAAGAUUGAAGCUGCACAGAUCCAGCUUGUGCUCUUGAGCUAUCGUGCUUCUGAAUCCGCCACGGAAGAGGCAGAGCUCAUGACUGCUGCUCAAGACAACGAUGUGGAGAAGUUGGAAAGCCUUCUCCAGCGACCUUUGCAUCCGGACAGUUGUCGUGUGGCGCCUGCUGCCCUUGCGGCACGUGGCAUUGAACGCACCACGCCCUUGGCUUGGGCCUGUUACCAGGGCCACUGCGAUGUUGCGAUCUUGUUGCUGGAGGCCGGUGCUGUAAUGCAGAAGACCGAUAACAAAGGUCGUGCCGCCAUCUCGUGGGCUUGCGUCGGAGGAAGCCUUGAGGUGGUGUGCAUGUUGCUGGAGGCCGGUGCAGACCUGGAGCAUUCCGACGAUCAUGGCAGGACGCCAUUGGCUUUGGCUUGCGUUGAGGGUCAUGUGGAAGUCGUGCACCGCUUGCUGGAGGCAGGUGCCGACAGAGACAGAGCCGACGUCUUCGGGACCUCUCCUUUAGCGAUGGCUUGCAGUCAGGACCGCUUGGAAGUGGUCCGGCUCUUGUUGGAUGCUGGCGCCAAGAAAGACACGGUGGACCACGAGGGUGAAACCCCUCUUUCUUGUGUCUGCAAGCAAGGCCGCUUGCAAAUCGUCCGCCUCUUGCUGGAAGCGGGGGCCGCCAUGGAGAGGGUGGACUAUGAUGGAAGCGUAUUUCUCAAGGUGGUCGCCGUGUCCUGGGGUCCCCAGGGCAAGGCACUGGUUGCCGACAUCGCCUGCCGGGGAGUGCAGGCGGUGGAUGUGGGCCGCUUGCUCUUCGAGCUGCAUGGCCACCUAGGCAUGAGCAUGGUGGAAGAGCUAUCGCGACGUGGAAAGAUGCGCUUCGCACUGGGCCUUCGGAGUGAGAAUUUGGCACU